CGCUUAAUUUUUUCCUUUCACUCUUGCCUGCUGUCAAUGCCGUGCCGCUCAUUUGCCUUCUUUUCCACCCUAGACUCCUUUGUCUCUCUCCUUUUUCCUCUUUCUGCUUUGCCUUUUGGUUUGCUCUCCCUGCAUUCCUCACGCCAUGGCAGCCGGACGAGUUCUCUUCCCUCUGCUUCUCUUGUUCUUCUUCGCCUUACCGUCUUCCUCAACCAAUUCUGAAGGAAACGCUUUGUUUGCUUUGAAGAGAAGGCUUUCUGAUCCCAAUAAAGUGCUGCAGAGCUGGGAUGACACUUUGGUUAACCCAUGUACGUGGUUCCAUGUCACCUGUAAUUCCGAUAACCAUGUGAUCAGAUUGGAUUUGGGGAACUCUAAAAUCAGUGGACAUUUGGGACCUGAACUUGGACAGCUGGAGUACCUGCAAUAUCUGGAGCUUUAUGGAAAUGAUAUUAGUGGUACGUUGCCUGAGGAAUUGGGAAACUUGAAGAACCUUGUUAGCUUGGAUUUAUACAGCAAUCAACUUGAAGGACAGAUACCAAAGUCUUUUGGGAGGAUGAGAUCGCUGAAGUUCCUUCGUUUGAACAACAAUAAGCUCACGGGGCCAAUUCCAAGAGAGCUCACAGCCCUUUCCAACCUCAAAAUUUUGGAUGUCUCCAACAAUGACCUCUGCGGAACAAUCCCAACUGACGGUCCCUUUGUACAAUUUUCAUACCAGAGUUUUGAGAAUAACAAUCGACUGAAUGGACCAGAGCUUCAAGGGCUGGUAGCUUAUGAUUUUGGAUGCUGAAGGGCAAAGCUGGUAGAUGAGCUGAACAGCCUGAACUCUACCGUGGGUUGCAGGCUCUCUAAACUUAAAUAUAUAUGUAUAAGGUGGAAGAAGAAAUAACAGGUUUAUUUUGAAAUAUAUGUAAGGCAUAUAGGUACUUGUUAUACUUCUGAAAAAAGGGCAUAGAGAUGAUUCCCGAUUACUUCAACCAGGCUUACAAGUGCCCAAAGAUCGGCUUGCUCUCAGUCCAGUUCCAUCAAUGUCAGUUAUUUUUCUUGUAUGUUCCAAAUGGAAGUUCUACAUAUCUUUAAAUUUUGAAAGAAUAUGUUAUUGAGAAACUAA